UAUACAAUACGAAGAAGACGACAAACCGGAAGACAGUACACGUAUUUCCGAGGGCUCUAUGCCGGCUAAAUAGAAUAGAAGACGAGACUUUUAUCAGCUUUCAUCCUUUGUAUCUACAAUAUGAAUCGUCCAUUUUUGUACCUGACUCUGUUAGGCUUUGCCUUAAUUGUUCGGUGCAAUGUCAACAAGGACACCAUCAAUCCAUCCGUCGUGAUUACCAAGGUUGAAAGGAAGAUUGACAUAUCAUCUCAUUUAGUGAAGUCGGCGUCAUCACUGACAGUUGAAAAUACCGGAAAGUCGGGCAUCAAAUCGUUUCUAUAUGCAAUCGAACCAUCCUUGCAAAAAUAUCUGUCAUUUAUUGGAGCUUCGAUUAAAGAUGAUGACAAUAAGCUGACAGUUUCCAAGACUGCUGUUGAUGGUCAUGGUGACAAAGAGUUUUGGAGAAUCAACUUGCCAUCUAGCCUUGCAGCAGGGAAAUCUCUACAAGUAGAUGUUGAUAGUGUUUAUGCUCAUGCUCUGUCACCAUUUCCAACUAAGAUUAAACAGUCUGAGAAACAGUUGGUAGUGUUUACUGGUAACAUAUUCCUGUAUUCACCAUACAAGAUUACCAGUCAGACCACCACAGUUAACUUGGCUUCAUCAUCUAUUGAAUCUUACAGCAAAUCACCAAAACCUGUCUCACAGAGUGAAAAAACUGUAACAUACGGACCUUAUGAAACCAGGGAACCAUUUACAGAGGCUGAAUUGAGAGUUCAUGCAGAGAACAAUAAUCCAUUUUUGACUGUGACACAUUUAGAACGUGUGAUUGAAUUAUCUCACUGGGGAAACAUUGCUGUAGAGGAGAACAUUCAGAUGAGACAUUCUGGAGCAGAUCUCAAUGGACCUUUCUCUAGAUAUGAUUAUCAAAGGACACAAGAUGCAGGAGCAUCUAUUAAAUCAUUCAAGACUGUGUUACCAUCAUCAGCCAAAGAUGUUUACUACAGAGAUGAGAUUGGAAACAUUUCUACCAGUCAUCUGAAGGAACUUGACGAUAUGGUCGAGGUCGAACUCCGUCCAAGAUUUCCCCUGUUUGGAGGAUGGAAAACUCAGUAUCUGUUGGGAUACAAUGUUCCAAGUUAUCAGUAUUUAUAUAAUCAAGGAAACCAGUAUGCUUUAAAGAUGAGAUUUGUUGACCAUAUUUUUGAUGAUGUUGUUAUUGAUGAAAUGACAAUCAAGAUUAUUCUACCUGAAGGUGCAAAGAACACCAAGCUGGUUACCCCCUUCAGUGUAAAGAAAGAUAAGAAUACCCUCCAUUAUACAUACUUAGAUACUGUUGGUAGACCAGUGAUUGUAGCUCGUAAAACUAAUCUGGUUGAUGCUCAUAUUCAAGAUUUUGAGCUGUGGUACACUUUUGACAAGUAUCUACUUAUACAAGAGCCUUUACUGGUGGUCGGAGCCUUCUACUUACUUUUCCUAUGUGUUAUUAUUUAUGUUAGGAUGGACUUCUCUAUUACAAAGGAUGAAGCCAAAGAGAGUAAGAUGAGAGUAGCCAGUAUCCUGGAAGAAGUCCAGAGUCUACAAGACAAGAGAAGUGCUCUCUACCAAAGUUUCGAUGAUGCUGUUAACAAGUUUAAAUCUACAAAGGACGCUACAAACUUCACUAACAGCAGGAAGAAGAUUGAUGGGGAUUACAAACUGCUGACUCAGCAAAUACAAGGUCUACAAUCCCAACUGAAAAAUGAGGGAGCUGAUGCUGCUGAAAAGGUUGGUGAGCUACAACGUCUAGACACCCAACACAAAGAUCUUAUAGCUGUUGCUAUACAAUAUUCUGAGAAACUUGUCAACAACAAAAUGACAAGACAAGCUUAUAUUGAACAAGAGAAAGCUAAUAAUACCAAGCGAGAAGAACUUCUUCAGAAAAUGGAAUCUGUUAGAGCUAGUUUAUAAUUGAAAGACAUCAUAAACACUUAAAGAGUUUUAUUUACAUAUUGAUGUCAUUUUAAAAAGAAGAAAAUAAAAAAAAAGAUUAAAAACA